AUGGCUUCUGGCAAGCACAAGUCCCUGCGUUCAAACCCUAGUAAUGGAACGAUUGAUCUUAGUAAUUUAUUCUUACAAAGUCUAUUCCGUGUGUACAUGAAUAUCCCUCUCUAUGGAGUACAGGUGACUGUGCAGGUCGCGCCUCCGUGCAGCAGAGACAGGCAGUAUGAGCUCCACGGGAGGUGCUGCAGCAGAUGUGAACCAGGAAAGUACAUGUCUUCUAAAUGCACUACUACCUCUGACAGUGUUUGUCUGCCCUGUGGCCCAGAGGAAUAUCUGGAGACCUGGAAUGAAGAAGAUAAAUGCUUGCUGCAUAAAGUUUGUGACACAGGCAAGGGCCUCGUGGCCCUGGACCCCGGCAACCGCACGGCCCCGCGGCGCUGCGUCUGCACGGCGGGGUACCACUGGAGCCAGGACUGCCAGUGCUGCCGGCGGAACACCGAGUGCGCGCCCGGCUCCGGCGCGAGGCCCUUGCAGCUCAACACGGACACGGUGUGCGAGCCCUGUCCCCUCGGCGAGUUCUCUGAUACCUUUUCUUCCACGGGAAGAUGCAAACCCUGGACCAACUGUACCAUCCUUGGAAAGACAGAAACACGACAUGGAACAGAGAAAUCAGACGUGGUUUGCAGCUCUCUGCCACCUGGAUCACCACCGAUGGAACCCCAGUACUUACCUGGUUUGAUUAUUGUGCUGCUCUUCGUGACUGUGGUGGUACUUGUUGCUGUCAUCUUUGGUGUUUACUAUAGGAAGAAGGGGAAAGCACUCACAGCUAAUUUGUGGCACUGGGUCAAUGAUGCUUGCGGCAGCCUAAGUGGAAACAAGGAAGCCUCGGGGGACAGUCGUGCGGGCGCGCACCCCACCGCCUCCAGCCAGCGCGACGCGUGCGAAGGCGUGCUACUGCUCACUCUGGAGCAGAAGAUGGUUCUAGAAGAAGCAUGCUCCCUGGACGGGGCCGGGGCCUGGGGGCACCUGUGUGCGGGAGGCCGGGCCCGCGCGCCCGGCGAAGAUGCUGGCGUGUUCUCCUUGGUCAGCGAGGAGGAGAUGGAGGGGGACCCCUUCAGACAGAUCCCCACGGAAGACGAGUACGUGGACCGGCCCCCGCAGACCCCAGACUCCUCGCUGCACCCCAGCCCGCCGGGAAGCAAAUCCACACCCCCUUUCUCAGAGCCCCUGGAGGUCGGGGAGAACGACAGGUUCAGCCAGUGCUUCCUGGGGACGGAGAGCCUGGGGGAGUCGGAGAGCUGCCUCUCCACUGGACCCCCGAGCCGGACCGACUGGAUGCCGGGGUCCCCCGAAAAGAACCUCGGAAAACAAGUGGAGGGGAGCAGCGGCCCGCCCUGGGGGGACAGCCCGGAGGCGGCCGAGGCCGGGGAGGACGCCCAGCCCGCGACAUGCUCCCCGAAAUGUGGACCAUCCCCGCAGUGCGCCCAGGGCCUGGGCCUUCCUACUGAGGACGUGGCUGGAAGGGGAGAAGGGGGUGCCCCGCCCAAGGCCGGAGCGCAGGAAGGACUAGCCGGCUCAGCCCGGGGCGGCACGGCCGGCGCCCCCGGGGACCAUCCACCCGCAUCUGGCCCACGACCCGCGCCGGCGCGGGAGAGUGGCUCCCGGGCAUGGCUUCCCUCCCUCCGUCACCUCCGCCCUUCUCGCGCCCCGCCGCCUCCGCGGGCCCUGCGCUCCCGGUUGUCCCGCGGCUGUCCCCGCCCUGACUCGACCUCUCCGGUCCCCGCAGGCACCGUGACGGGAAACAGCAACUCCACGUUCAUUUCCAGCGGGCAGGUGAUGAACUUCAAGGGCGACAUCAUCGUGGUCUACGUGAGCCAGACCUCGCAGGAGGGCGCGGCGGGCGCGGGGAGCGGCGCGGCGGGCGCCGAGCCGGAGCCGGAGCCGGAGCCCAUGGCCUGCCCGGUGCAGGAGGAGACGCUCGGACACCCGGACUCGUUCGCGGGCAACGGGCCGCGCUUCCUGGACACCUGCGCGGGCCCCGGGCUGCCGCCGGAGCCCGAGAAAGCAUCGCGGCCGGUGCAGGAGCAGGGCGCAGCCGAGGCCUGA